CUCACAGCAAGUACUAUAUCACCAAAUCAGUUUUUAAGUAGAUCACCUAAAAGUAAACGGAAGAGUAAAAUGAAAGAUGGUAAGAGUUAUGAUAACAGUGGUAGUGGUUUUUCUAGUCCAACUCCUGGUGGUGAAUCUCCAUUACCAGGCAUCAAUGAAAGACUUGGUCAACUACGUCCAUCUCGUGAGUUAUUAGAAUAUUAUCGUAAGAAGAUAGCUGAAUAUGAUGAUGAACAUGAUCAGUUAGUAUGUAAAUUAGAAGAGUAUAGAGUAACAUAUGAAGAUCAACAUCAUUUACAAUGGGAAUUGAGACAAAGAGAGGAAGAAAUUGUAGAAUUACAGAAAGCUUUAAGUGACAUGCAGAUCUACUUAUUCCAAGAAAGAGAACAUGUUUUAAGGCUGUAUGCUGAAAAUGACAGGUUGAAGAUUCGUGAAUUAGAAGAUAAGAAGAAGAUACAACAACUAUUAGCUCUAGGUGGAGGUGGGAGGGGUGAUAGUGAAAUUACCUAUUUUAUAAAAGAACCACCAGCUAAAGCUAUAGUACCACAAAAACUACCCAAGAAAAAUAAUCAGAAAGAUGACAAUAGAGUUGCUAAAAAUACCAAGAAACAUUUACCAUUAAAUGAUAGAAGAUUAUCAAUGUCUCCAGAACCAGAGAAGAAAUAUGAACAUGAUAAUGAAGUAUUAACAUUACAUAUAGAAUCAUUACAAUCUCAGUUAGCUGAACAGGCUAAAUUAGCUAAAGAACAGUAUGAUGCUCUAUUAGAAGAUAGAAGAGUCAAAGAUGAAGAAUUUGAAACCAGGAAACAGAGAGAUGAAGAAAAAAUCAGAUUAUUGACGGAAAAAUUACAUAAAACCCAAGAUUUGCUGUAUGUUAGUACUAAAGAUUUUCUAGAUCAGAGAUAUCAAGGUAGAGAAAUAGAGAGACAAUGGAUGGCAGAGAAAGAUAAAUUAUUACGAGAACUAGAUGUAUGUAAACAGAAGAUGAAUAUUAAAAAAGAUACCAUAUUAAAUGUACAGGAUUGUGCCUAUGAAAAUUCUGCUGAUAAAGAGGAAUUGAAGUCACUAGAAUAUCAGUUAGUACAAUCACAGAAACUAUGUGAUAACUAUAGGGAACAAGUGAUACAAUUAGAAGAUGAGUUAUCUAGAUUACGUGAGGAGGGUGAUGUAACUCGUGAAAUAUUUAAGGAUCGAAGUGGCAAAAUGACUCAAAGAUUACAAUUGAUGAAUUCACGGUAUGAAGAUUUAGAAAGAAGAAGAAAUCUAGAAGUUGAAGGUUUUAAAACUGAUAUUAAGAAUCUACGAGGUCGAUUAAAAGAUGUAGAAAGACAGCUAUAUAAGGUUACUCUUGGUUUUACUGAAGAUAUGGAUAUCAAAAAAACGGAUGAUUUAGAUUUACAAAUAUUGAAAAAUGUUCGUACUACUGCUGGUAGAUCUAAAAAGAUGUUUGGUGAAUUAAAGAACUUAAAAUCUAAAAUAUAUGGACUAGAGACAGAUUUAAAACAUCUUUGAUCUUUUUAACGAUUUUAUCUUAUAAAACUGUGAUAUAGAUUAUUUUAAUUGCACCAAGAUGUUAGGAAACGCUUCAAAUAAUAUAAAAAGUUUAAAGGAAGUGGUGAGAACUCAAUACCUAUUAGUCAGUAUCAGACAGCCUAAAACUGAUUUCUGAUGCUGAAUUCUUAUUAAAUGAUCGAGUUCUUUAGUCAUAACCAAUCUGUUGUAUUUUCUAGAGUUGAGACUCUUGUGGUGCGGUUAGAAGCUAUGGUCUGAUCCCUGCAAUUCAGACAGUUGAACAUGAGGAUUAUGGUAGAUCUAAUCUUGUAAUUGCAUGUUUUGGGUUGGUUAAAAGUGUGGUCAUAUUGCCUUUACUCAAUCAAAUUUUAUCACGACCGUCAGCCUACAUCAGCAUUGAUGAUAAUGUCAUUUCUCAAUUAACUUGAGCUCAAUUGCAAGGGUUCAGAUGAGCUAUUCAUAUAUUAUUUCAACUGUAGAAAAAAAGGGUUACAAUUUGUUAUGUUGAGUGUCAAGAACAUUGUUGUGUAUACCACAUAGAACUAUUUAUUGAUAAUACUGUAUAUUUUAUUGGUGUUUAUUAAGUAACUGAUAAUAUCAAGCCAUAUCUUUCAUGAUUUUAUUCAUUAUCUUGUAUAGCAUUUGUUGUAAUAUAUUCAGAUGAAAUAUAGUUAAUUAAUU